UAUAUUUCUGUUUUUAACAAUCAAUGCUGUGCACGUGCUCAGCAAAAAAAGUUUUGUUUUUGUUGUGGAUACUACGAUAUCCAUGACAGACGAGAUUUCAAUAAUAAAAUCCAACAUCAAUGCUACGGUUGAUUCAAUUAAAGACUACGAUGUAGAAUUCAUCUUGCUUCCAUUUGGAGACCCUGAUAUCGGGCCACCAAUUAAUGAAACAGCCAGCGGUUUUAUUGAUAUGGUCCAUUUAAUUGAAGAAAAUGGAGGAAAUGAUUGUCCUGAAGAGUCACUUGGAGCUAUUAAAAUGGCUUUAGAAUGGAGUCAACCGAAUUCCUACAUCUACGUCUUUACCGAUGCUAGACCCAGAACUAAAGAUAUCGACCAAAUCAACACAAUCACAAAUUUGUGCGAAACUCAAAAAAGUCAGGUGCUCAUAUUUUUAACUGGAAAAUGUUCGCCGACAGAGACAAUAGAUGCUGUUUACUAUGAUGUAGCAAAAAAUUGUAGGGGUUCAGUGGUGUUCUACGAUCUCGGAAGUUUGCGUUAUGCAUUUAAAUACAUUAAGGAAACCGUGAAAACACAGUGGAAUCAGGUAGACGCUCAAUACGAUUUCUUAAGGGAAAAAAAUAUUUCAUUUGCUGUUGAUAUGUAUACCACGGAUAUGAUGAUUAGCAUAGCUGGAGAACAUCCAGACAUAGAAAUAAUAAAUCAUUUUGGAGAAAAGGUGGAUGUUCAGCGAAUCAUCAACACUAGUACUGCAUGUGUGGUAAUAAUGCAACAACUAACCGAAGGUGAAUACAAAGCAGCAGUUACAGGAGGCGACUUUGGUAUGGUGACGAUAUAUACCCGUCGAACAAUACACGUAGAAUUUGGUUUUUCAUCAAAAAUACCAAGAAGCUUAGAUGAGACAUCAAAGGCACCGAUACCAGGAAUAAAAUGUUACAUUUUGGUAAUAUUGGAUGCUAACUUGGAAUUGACUUCAAUAAAACUUCAGAUAGCUAAAACUGGAGAGGAGAUACAUUUGCAGUACCAGGCGUUGGAUGAAACCCGAGGAUAUUAUAUUGCCAAUAAUAUCUUUGAGCAUGGGAAGACCUUUAAACUAUCUAUAACUGCGAGACACAAAGAAAACAAUUCGGUUAUAGAAGGUGUUACUCCACCAGUGAAGCCUCAAGAACCAGGUAUGUUAACAGAAUGGAUGAAGCCGGAAGUACAAAUCAUUGGUCCAGAAAUGAAUUGGGCUGAAUUCGGAGACAGUACCACCUUUGCGUGCAAGGUCACAGCUUUUCCAAAGCCGCGUAUUAUUUGGGAAGACGACAUUGGCAAUACUCUUCCUUCUCAAUGUGUACUUGUAGAGAUCCCAUCUGUUUACCUGACCUAUGCCAAUGUUGCGAAUGCUACGAGGAAUGCCAACAUAACCUGCAUGGCGGAGAAUGCUAUGGGUGCCGAUGCAAUUUCACUUAAACUGUUUGUUAACAGAACGAAUACCUUUAACGUUUUGAAAUCGCCUUCAGAUAUUACAGUUGGGUACGGGGAGGAAGGAAAGUUAUACUGUGAGGUAGACGCAUAUCCGACAGCGGAAAUAACUUGGCUACAUAACAAUACCGCAGUUGUAGAAAAUGAUAAUAUCAUGUUUGAGCCAGAAGAACAUACGUUGGUGAUACGGAAUAUGGAUAUUGAGAGCACAGGCGAAUAUAUUUGUAAAAUUGAAAACGAGGUUGAAUCAAGAUCACUUGGUGCGUCAGUGUUUAUAACAGGAUUAGAAAUGCCUGAAGUAAAUGUAGAAAGUUCAGAAGUGCUUCUACAGCCUGGUGAUUUUACUGAACAACAAUGCAGUAUAACAAAAGGCUUACCAUUACCUAUAGUUAGCUGGAAGUAUAAAUUGUCAGAUGGAUAUGAGUACAUUGAUAUACCUGAAGGAGUCUACGUGAAAGAUGGCACACUUAAGAUUUCUUCAGCGGAAACGUUUCAUGGUGGGGUGUACGUCUGUGAAGCCGAAAAUAUAUUGGGAACAGACAUGGACCAGAUAACCGUCAAAGUUCAAUUUGCUCCAAGAAUUAAAAACAAGGACGAAUCCAUGGUAGUUCGUAGAGGAGAUGCAGUGACGCUAGCAUGCAACGUGGAGGCUUUUCCCAAAGCGCAAGUACAUUGGGAAAUGCAACAAGAUGAUGUCAUCAUCGCUCUAGACUCUUCACACAAAACCGAUGAGAGUCACACACACACUUUUGUAGCUAGAGCUAACGAUUCUGGAACGUACUAUUGCAUCGCUGAAAACAGUAUGGGUAAAGCUGUUAGAACGGUGAACGUUACCGUGAUGGUUUCGCCGUACAUUAAACCCCCACUUAUUAAGAAUAUCACGCAGCCUAUGGGAACAGAUGUGAACUUUGAGUGCUACGUUGCACGAGGAAGUCCAGUACCGUCAUCAAGGUGGGAGUUCAUGUCUCCUAAUGGCAAUAUUACUCUUUUGGCUACUGGUCAUUCGAUUGGUCCUCUUAAUUAUAUUCUCAAAAAUAUAUCCAAAAGAGACGAGGGAAUAUACAGGUGCACCGCUGACAACAUGCUGGCUGUGGACACAAUACGUAUUGCUCUUAAAAUCAUACAAAAUUGAAAGAUAUUGAUUAUGUAACCAACCCCCUAUGUUAUUUUACUUCAAUUAUUAUAGUCGUUGGAGUCUCGUGUAAGCAUUGUAGCGCCUACGAGUAUAUUUAGAGACUCCUUUAUGAUAUCCUUAAUAUAAGUAUAUGUAACCAA